AUGCCCGUCGUCACUGUGAAGGAGACGCCUGCGUUUGUUUGGGUGAAGAGUUUCAAAGACAUAAGGGACGAGCCUGACUUCCAGGCUUCGAGAUGCUUACUAAGGAGCCAAGCCGUGCUAGUUCCAGGAUGGGCAAGCGCGGGACUAAACUAUAAAAAGCUUAGUUCGCUUCAUUGCUUUUAUGGUACCUUUAGCCCUGGAGGAUCCGACCAACACCAACUCCAAGGAUCCCUACCAGAGGGUCUGGUAGACAAGAAAUGGAUCUUCUUCACGUUGCACAUCCCCACAGCGGUGCCCUUGAUCGCUUUCAAGUCGACCCUUGAAGAAGACGCCGCGCCUUCUACUGUCUCCUCCAUCGACGGCUUCCCCACCGCUCGCCAAGCCCAAAGUGCUAUCCCCAAGAAUCUAUGGCUCACACACCAGAUAUCCCAAGCUGAACAGCGGAAGCCUACGUCAAUAGGUCCUUGGGGCGAGAUGAAUCAUGAACUGUGCCCCACCGAUGAGUAG